GUCGGGGCCGCGGGCGGGGCGCCCGGGGCGAGGGUUGGGUGCCGGCGCCCCGUCGCAUGAGCCAAGACGGUAUGGAGGAGAGGUCCUGGCGGGCGGCCAAGCUUCCGCCACCGCAAGAUGAGGGAGCUGAGGGUGCAACCAGCCAGCAGCAUGCAGAGGGCGCUGCGGGCGCGGAGGUCCCCGCAGCUGGUGGUCCGUACGAGCAUGGGGGUCGUCGUGGCGGCGGCGGAAGGCGAGGCGAACGUGGCCGGGGCGGCCGUGGCGGCAGGUCCGGUCGCGGUGGCAACGUUGGCGGCGCCCCUGCCGUCGGCGCUGCCGUACACCUCGCGGACGACGUCUCCGCAGCGGCGGCGCCGCCUCCACCACCACCGCAACAACAACAACAGACUGGUGCCGGCGAGACACCCGCGUCUACCCCCGCCGCUGACGGCGCCGCGGCCGCCGCUGCGUUGAGUUCGGGCGGUGCGGAGGGCCGUCCGCCGACACAUCCUGGCAGGGGUGGCGGCGGCAGGGGCCGCGGCGGCCGUGGUGGUGAGGGAGGCCGCGGCGGCCGUGGCGAAGGCGGCGGCGGCGGCAGGGGCAGCAGAGCGGCGGCGGUUGACGCGAGUACGGCAGAGGCGCCGGCGGCGGCGGCGGCGCCAGUGCCGCAGCAAGCGCAAGGCCGGGGCGGCCGCGGGAGUGGCGGCGGCGCCGGCGCUGGCGGGUUCCGUAAGGGUCGUGGCGACGGAGGAGCGGCGGCGGCGCCGGCAGCUGCGGCACCAGCGGCGCAGAAAGAGUCGAAGAAGGAGGAGCCGGUGCAAGAAUCCAAGGCGCAGUCGCUGUAUAAGAAGGUGAUCGAGCACCAGAGUGUGAAGCCCACUCGGAUUUCGAACGUGUUUGACUUGUUGAACAAUGUGAACGAUGAUUGAGGGGGGGGGAGCGGCUAAAGAGCAUGCCGCGUUGUUAUUUGAUGGCGGUUGUGGCAGAUGGUUGCUGUUGUUGUUGUGCUGAGAGAGAGGCAGAUGCAAGGAGAGUGUGUGUUUUUAGACGCUGCGUGCGUGCGCUGAGUUGUGUGGGCAGGGCAGGGCAUGGUUUCAUGCAUGUAGGUGGGGAGGGCUUACGUCGGGGCUGUGUGCUGUGUACUGGUGGCUUCUUGGGCGGUGGCAGGGUGUUAGACUACAUAGGUACAGGUGAUGAUUCGGGGUUUGGGGCUCAGCAGCUUCAAAGUAACCGUAGUUGAAUGAAGAGUCGGGUGAAGGCUGCAGAAGAGGAAGGCCAGCAAUAAGGCCUUGUAGGCGCCAGAGCGCAGUCGUUCCACGUCACGACGGCCGAAGAGUGGGAGAAGGACUUGGGAGGUUGUCGUGAGUCGCCUCGGGAGCCCGGCAUGCAGCCUAGGGUGUCGAAUGCUUUGUCGGGCUGAUGAUGGGGCGUUUUGAUGCUGAUGAUGGGGCGUUUGCAUGUCUGGCUUACGCGACUAAGGGAUGUCGUGCCAAUGGAUGCAGCGGCUGUAGGAUGAUGUGAUGUGUGAUGGAACAUGUGGGGGUAAAAAGAGGAAACUGACGGGGUUGAGGGGUGGGGGUGGGGGUGGGGGCUUUAAAAUUAUUAAGGGUCGCUUCAGGGAGGAAUGGAGAGUUGGGGACACUUGCACUCCUGCAUCGCAGCCGGAGGCACGGGGAAGAAGAACGGAUGUUGGUUAGGAAUGCAGGGAUUGGGACAGGUGGGGUUGCUGUGUUGGGUUCGCAGCUUGUUGCUGGGGAAAGUGAUUUCCGAGUCGCACUGGCUUUGUUUUGAGGUGGGUUUGAGGAAGGGCGUGUGCUGGGAAGGUAAAAGUGUUGUUUGUGGGCUGUUAGGGUGUGUGUUUUGAGCGCCUCGGGUGCAUCACAGGACAGCAUGGGAGGGAGUUUUGCGUGAGCCCCAUUGUGUGGCUGGCAGCAGCAUGCCGGAAGUGUGUAAGUGAG